ACCAACAUUUUGCUUUCUCUUUUCUUUUCGUUGAAGCACAAUAUCUUCAUUUCUGUGCCCAAACCCUUUUGCUUUCUUCUUCCUUGUUUGUUGCACAUUUUUUGACAGAUUGCCUUUUCAGUAUCAAUCAAAUGAUACAAUAUGGAGGCCUUUGAAGAGGAAGUGUGAAGAAGAGAUCAUGUUCAUUGGGCAUAAAAAAUGAUGCCUUUUACCUUGGUUUCUGCAUGGAACAAGAGGCGUAGACGAAAAAAGUCAUCACAAUUACAAUACCAAACGGAGGACCCUUGGAUCUAUAGACCAGCUGAGUUGUGGCAGCUUCAAGAUCAAACCCUUCAAACACCCCCCAAAAGACACCAUGCUUCCACUGUCUUCACCCUUAGGGAAAUGGAAGAGGCCACCUCUUCCUUUAGCGACGCCAACUUGCUCGGUAAAGGCGGCUUUGGUCGUGUUUAUCGAGCCACCUUGCGGUCGGGAGAGGUGGUAGCGGUCAAGAAAAUGGAGCUGCCACCAUUUAAGGAAGCAGAAGGGGAGCGUGAGUUCCGUGUGGAAGUGGACAUUCUGAGCAGAUUGGACCAUCCAAAUCUUGUUUCGUUGAUUGGCUAUUGUGCGGAUGGGAAGCAUCGGUUUCUAGUUUAUGAGUACAUGCACAAAGGGAACCUUCAAGAUCAUUUAAAUGGGAUCGGAGAAUCAAAGAUGGAUUGGGGAGGGAGGCUGAAAGUGGCACUUGGGGCUGCCAAGGGAUUGGCCUAUCUCCAUUCAAGCUCCGCUGCUGGGAUGCCUAUUGUCCAUAGGGAUUUCAAGUCCACAAAUAUUCUUCUUGACUCCAACUUGGAUGCAAAGAUAUCAGACUUCGGACUUGCCAAGUUCAUGCCAGAAGGGCAAGAAUCACAUGUGACUGCAAGAGUCCUCGGCACGUUUGGAUACUUCGACCCUGAGUAUACUUCGACAGGAAAACUGAGCGUGCAGAGUGAUGUGUAUGCCUUUGGAGUGGUUCUUCUUGAGCUCCUCACAGGGCGCCGAGCAGUGGACUUGAACCAGGGCCCCAGUGAUCAAAACCUUGUCGUACAGGUAAGGCAUAUAUUGAAUGAUCGAAAAAAGUUACGUAAAGUGAUAGAUCCUGAGAUGAGUCGAAGUUCAUACACAAUGGAAUCCAUAGCCAUAUUUGCAAACUUGGCUUCACGUUGCGUCCGGACAGAGAGCAGUGAAAGGCCAACAAUGAUAGAAUGUGUAAGAGAGCUUCAAAUGAUUAUCUACACAAAGUUGCAAGGCCGCAAGGGCUAGAGACGUUAUAUAUGUAUUAAGUAUACUUCAUCAUUAAUUGUUUUGUAUCGGAUGAACUGUUGUUCUUAUACCAUGCGGGGAUGAUUUGUUAUAUCUUUAACUCUCCCCUAAUCAUGAAUCA